GCAACGAUUCGUAUGCUUCGUUGGGCACUGAUUGUUCUCAGCAAGGACUCGGCUGGUGUUAUACCAAACGAAAUUUGUGCUGUAGUAAUGGAAAACGCCAAAGUCGUUGGCGAAAUGCGUCUGAUUCGUCGUGGAUUCCAACCAAAACCAUCACGCAACGCACAAAAUGUGCGCAACAUCACAUGGGAUCCUAGUCUGCCAUCGGAGGUGAACAUGGCCGCCGUCCAACUAGUUAAAUUUGUCCAAGGUACAUGGAACGGUCUUGUCAUGAUUCCCGAGCAUCAAAUGAGCCGACUCGGCAUAGCUAUGCAUUGGAUGAAGCAGACUCGCGACGCGUACUGCAGACGAGACACUAGCACAAUGCGCUUGGAUCGCAUAAUGUGCCUCGAAGAUAUCAUAACAGUAUUCCGGCAAGUAAACGAGAAAAGCACAAUAGACGUCGAAGAAGACGAGCAGUACGAGCAACUACGUGACCUAGAACUCUCUGAUACAAUUUUAUUUGCUAGGGCCGCCGCAGAAUACUUUGCCCGAGUCAUGAAAAUGUGCACGGCCCAAACGUCUACGACAGCAAUUCAACGCACUCAUCAGGUGGACACAUCAGCGAGUUCAUCCUCCACUGAAGAAGGCACUACACUUCAAGCACGAGGUGACAGCUGCUGGUCACUUGGGCCACCGAUAUGUUCCGAUGUGAAAGGCCCAGAACUGUAUCCGAUUCUUUUCGAACCUCCUAAACGACGAAUAUUCGGGAAGCUAGCAUCAAACCCAUUCAACAAGCCAGCAAACACACAACCACCAGAACCAGUGUACAACGAAGAACUGGUAGCCGGAAUCACGCAGCUUACAUGUGGUCGCAUGACAACCAAAGAGCCUCGGGAACCCCAAAUGCAACGUAAUCCACCCCCGAAUCCGUAA